CACAUCCCAACCGGCUUCCCCGCCCCAACUGGUGGGGGCUGGCCGUCAGCCCUCCAGCCCCCUUUUCUCUACACGUCCCGGAAGCCAGGGGCCAACAUGGAUCUUCCUGCCGACAUCAGCUGAGCCUGGAAGCCUCACCCCUUGGGAGACCAUGGAAAGGGUCAGCCGCCAGAAUGCUUCCCCGGCAAGGACGUCUCCAGCCCAGGCGUCUCCAGCCCGGGGGUCCCCAGCCCAUGCGUCCCCGGCCCGGGCAUCACCUUCCAGGUCAUCAUCUGGCAGGUCAUCAUCUGCCGGGUCGCCCUCCACAACAUCCUCUCCGACAAGAGCAUGCCUUGUUAAAGCAACACCAGUGGGGGCUGUACCUGUCCGGGCAUCUCCUGCCAGGUCAGCACCAGCCGCCAGGGCCACUGGGGAGAACCCAGGUAUCAGCUUUCACAAGUUCACCUGGCAGGAGGGCCAGAAACGGCUGCCGCUCAUCGGAUGUAUCCUCCUCCUCAUUGUCCUCGUGGCGUCGCUCAUCCUUCUAUAUGGGGGACGAGAGCCCCAGAGUCCAAGAGGGAUUGCAGUCUACUUCUGGCGGGGCCACACAGGGAUCAAGUACAAGGAGCCAGAAGAGAGCUGCCCCAAGCACUCGGUGCGCUGUGAUGGGGUGGUGGACUGCAAGCUGAAGAGCGACGAGCUGGGCUGUGUGAGGUUCGACUGGGACAAGUCUCUGCUGAAAGUCUACUCUGGGUCCUCCCAUCGGUGGCUUCCCGUCUGCAGCGAUAGCUGGAAUGACUCCUACUCGACGAAGACCUGCCGGCAGCUGGGUUUCGAGAGUGCUUACUGGACAACCGAGGUGGGCCACAGGGAUUUUGCCAGCAGCUUCUCAGUCUCCAAAUACAAUUCCACCAUCCAGGAAAGCCUCUACAGGUCUGAAUGCCCUUCCCAGCGGUAUGUCUCUCUCCAGUGUGCCCACUGUGGACUGAGGGCCAUGACCGGGCGGAUCGUGGGAGGGGCGCUGGCCCCAGAGAGCAAGUGGCCCUGGCAAGUUAGUCUGCACUAUGGCACCACCCACGUUUGUGGGGGAACACUGAUCGACGCCCAGUGGGUGCUCACGGCUGCCCACUGCUUCUUUGUGACCCGGGAGAAGAUUCUGGAGGGCUGGAAGGUGUAUGUGGGCACCAACAACCUGCACCAGCUGCCUGAGGCAGCCUCCAUCUCCCAGAUCAUCAUCAACGGCAACUACACAGACGAGCAGGACGACUAUGACAUUGCCCUCAUGCGGCUCUCCAAGCCCCUGACCCUGUCUGCUCACGUCCACCCUGCCUGCCUCCCCAUGCACGGACAGACCUUCAGCCUCAACGAGACCUGCUGGAUCACAGGCUUUGGCAAGACCAAGGAGACAGAUGAGAAGACAUCCCCUUUCCUCCGCGAGGUGCAGGUCGGCCUCAUCGACUUCAAGAAGUGCAACGACUACUUGAUCUAUGACAGUUACCUUACCCCGAGGAUGAUGUGUGCUGGGGACCUUCGAGGAGGCAGAGACUCCUGCCAGGGAGACAGCGGGGGGCCCCUGGUCUGCGAGCAGAACAACCGCUGGUACCUGGCGGGAGUCACCAGCUGGGGCACGGGCUGUGGCCAGAGAAACAAACCCGGUGUUUACACCAAAGUGACAGAAGUCCUUCCCUGGAUAUACAGCAAGAUGGAGAAUGAGGUGCGCUUCCGGAAAUCCUAAGCAGCUGUCCUACUCUUCCACUCAGCUCUGGCUGCUGGAAAGACUCUGCCAAAGUGACUGGGCCAUUGGCAACAUCAUCUGGGCUAAAGGCCACCAGACACCUUUGUUACUGCCACCUCCACUGUCUGCUGCUUCUGUGAAUAUGCACGUGUGUGUGUGCGCGCGUGCGUGCAUGUGUGUGCGUGCGUGUGUGUGCACGUGUGUGUGUGUGUGCGUGCGUGUGUGUGUGCGUGUGUGUGCUGCUGUUCUCCCAAGGUCUUAAGAAACCAGGAGAACUGUUAGCUCUUCCCAAAGCCCAGGCUGGAAAUCACCUGGAGAUAACAGUCUGGGCACCGCGGAGGUCCCUACAGGAGUGUCCGUGAUGGAUGGAGGAGGCAGAGCCCAGGGAAGGGCCUGAAGCUCACCUGGGAAUUCCUGCUCCUCUGACCUGGACUUGGAAACUAGCCCAGAAUGGGCAGCCACCUGGCAGCCCAGGUGACACCACUGCUGUCCAGGGAUGAUAGCACUUUUCGCUGGGGUGCCUGGACUAUCUCUAGCGGCAAGAUGUUCUGUGGGCAUUGCGAGCAUCCCGCUGUCUCUCAGGCCUCCCGCGGGUGCCGUGGAUGUGGAGAGCGGCCGCGCCGCGGGUGUCCGUGCUGCCAGCUGUGACCAGGCCUCACUGUUCUUGUUUGGUCACAGGCUGGUGGGGGCGGAUUUCCUUUUAUUUUAUUUUUAUAUUGAGGAAAUGGAAGUAGAUGUAUUUUUAAAGAUUCUCCAGAAUUCCAGGAGCGAGGAGAACUAGCAUCAAGUCCCCCAAGAACUCCAAGGGACUUAUGGAGGUUGCGUGGCUCGAGCGUCCUGCAGAAUGUCCUGGUCUCAAGGGACCAGAUAAAGGGGCCCCUUUGAGAUACUCAGGGAAGUGAAUCCUCACUGGGGCCGGUGGGCAAACUCAAAGAGAACCACAGCUGUUGCUGCAUCCAAGGGCUCCGAGCAGAGCAUGAAGAAGUCUGUGGGCCCCCGGAGCCUGGGAAAAUGCAGGCAGACACGCAUCCUCAUACCCAGCGCUGUCCUGGGACCUGGGAGUUUCUUCUCAGCUUCCUCCACCUUCCAAUUUCUCAGUUGUUCUAGAAACAUAGCACUGACGUGAAAACUGCCAUGGAGAGAAAGCUGCCACUGUCCCCAGGCCUUCCAAACAGGCUUUCUGAAGGAUCCGAGUUGCCCUGCUCCUGCAAGCCAUCUGUGUGCCUGGCCUCCAUGCCAGCUGAAGGCCCGGACCUCCCCCAGGGGCAUCCAUUCCUCCCUCAGUCCCAUCAUCCUCACCUUCCCUGGGCCUGUCUGAUGAUGCCAUGACUCCCAGAGGCAGGGUCCACGCAGAUGAGCCCAGCCCAGCCCAGGCAGGCAGCUACUCAGUAGGAGGAUUGCCCUGGAGGAGCAGGCUGGAGUUGGCUAGCGUGGCUGGGCAGAGUCUGAGGGGUCUGGCUACAUGUUGUCAAGGCUGGGGGUCGGGGAGGGCAACAUGCAUGUCCACAGCAGCCCCCAGCAACAGUCUUUAGCAAUUAAAGUUGCGUUAUCUAAAAAAUUUGUCAUUAAAUGUUUAACUGGUACCCUAGGUAGGAAAUUGAGGUUGUCCACCCAGGUGCCCAGACAUCCUCAGUUUGGGUUCUGCUCAUUUAAUCAUCCGUUCAUUGAUUUAUUCAUUCCCCCACCAUAUCAGGGACUACUCUGCCAAGUACUCCUGCCAGGCUCAGUGGUACAAAGACCGUGGUAGUGUCCACAGGAACUCAUGGUCGUAACCCAGUAUAAUGGAAGCUAUGAUUCAAUGUGGACCCUGUACUGGGACCAUGGAUGAAGAAGCCGCCAGCCACACCUAGAGAGGUCACCUUCACAGAGGAGCUGAGCUUUGAAAUGAGUCUUAAAGAGUAGGUGAGCCUUCACAAAGCAGAUGCGGGCCAGGGGAACGGCUCUCCAGUGCCUGCCUUUUUUCUUCCUUCCUCUUUCUCUACAUCUGCCUUUGCCAGCUCAGCAAAAGCCAUGUUUACAAGGAAGCCCCAGUCCUUACUCCACUAUUUCCAAAAGAAUCGGAUGGGUGGUCCCAUUGGCCUCUUCUGAAAGCUCUAGCCCUUCUGGCUCUACGUUUACUUUUCUCGCAUUUAAUAUAUUGUCCUCUACCAUUAUGUUCCUAGUGAUGGAUGCCCAGCACCCAGCACCCCAUUGCACACACUCAUGCCUCUAGCCACAGGCACCAAAUUCUCCAGGCCUGGCCUUUGGAGCCCUCAAGUUUGUUGGCUUUAGUCUCCCAUAUCAGUGCCAGGGGAAGCCCUUCCUCCAAUUCUUUUCUUGUUCUAUCUGUACAAGAAGCAUGGGGAGGGCACAGGUGCCAGGCUUACUGUCUUAGCAUCAAGAGUAACACAACUGCUGUAACAGAUCCCACAAUUCCCCCAACCCCCAUGGCUUACCACAAUCUAAGUCUAUUUCUCAUCCACCUAACGGUCCAAGGAGGGUGUCUAAUCAGUGGGAGGCUUUCUUUCACAUGAUGUUUCAGGGAUUCAGAUUCUUUCCACCUAGUGACUUUGUUAUCUGCUUCCAGCCAGUGGAAAGAGGAAAGACAUGAAGAAAGCAUAUCCACUUCUUAAAUGCUGUGACCUAGAAGUGAUUCACGUCAUCGUCACAUUUUAUGGGUGUCAACGUGUCACAUGGAACCACCCAGAUGAAGUGGGACUGGGAAAUGCAGUCCUUGGCCAGUUGUCAUUCAGGCGUGAGCACUUGUUUUGGAGGACAACCAGCUGUCUGCCCACCAGAGGAAGCUGGUCAUAUCCCAGAAGCCAAGCCCUGGGGCAAAGAGCUAGGGCUAAGGCCAUUUCCAUCCCUUUCUCCUUAGCAACCAGACCCUUUCCCUCCUCUGCCCAGGCUUCCUGAGGCAUAAAUUGAUUUGCAAGGGUGUAGAGGUGUGCGUGUUGGCAGAGAGGUAAGGUACAGAAAAAGCAGUAUCUAGACAGAAAAAGAAAAACACAUUCCUUAGGCCCAGGACGUCUACAGAGACAAAAAUCAUGGAAGGUGGGUGAUGGAACUUCCCAAAUAGGUCCAGAAUCUCCUGGGAGAUGUGUGUGCAUUGGUGGUGGGAGGUGUUGCCCGAGACAAUGUCCUGUGGUCCCUGGGUCCCAGGCAUCUCCAGGGACCAGUCAUACUCUCUGGCUUUGUUAACUCUGUUGACUGCUGAGUUUCUCUGGGGAAGGACAGGAGGGCCAAGUCAGUGUGUUAGGGGUGGGGCAGAUGAUGGCUCUUUGGAGAAGGAGCCAAUUACAGCCUAGCUGCCCAUCCAGCUGCCUCUGGAGUUUGGUUAGAUUCCCAAGGGCUAUUGUUUCCUGUAAUUGCUUAACUGAUGUCCUGAUGCAGUUGGGACAUUGGGAGAUGCACGUGGAGAGCUCCUCGUAAUGAUAAUGAUGAGGAUAAUGGUAAUAAUAGCUAGCAUUUGCUCAAGGUUUGCUGUGUGCCAGAUGCUGUGCUAAACACCCGGUGGGUGUUAUCUCCUAUGAGCAUGAAGUAGGCAUUUUUAUUGUCCCUAUUUUAUGGGUGAGGAAACAAAGGCCGAGAGAAGUGAAAUAAGCUUCCCCAAAUGACAGAGCUACUGAGUGGUAGAGUUGGAUUUCGAAUCCAGGAUGUUGGAUUUUAAAAG